GUCAAAGCGUUCCCGUUCCAGUCUCCCACAGUCCCACCAGCCCCGUGCCGUGCCGUGCCGUGCCCCUCACUCGCAGACGCAGGUUUAGUUUACUUACCCCCACCACCACCUCGCCUUCCGCUUCCCAGUUCCCACCCUCCCCACGCGCCGCUGCCUCCGGAUCGCGGCCUCCUCCGGCGCGCCCGCCUCCGCCCAAUCCAUGCACCGCCGCAGGUGACCUCCGCCGUCGCGUCCCCAUGGGCUGCGUGCACGGUCGCCCGUCCACCUCCAGCCCCGCGGCGGCCGCCACCUCCCGCCGCCGGGACUACCAACCUGCUGCUGCGGCUGUUUCACAGCCGCAGCAGGAGGGGGUCGCUUCUUCUGCUGCGCCGGCCGAGGCGGCGGCGCCGGAGCAGCAGGCGGCCGAGAAGCCCGAGAAGGCGGUGGUGAAAAGGGAGCGACGGUCGCGGUCGUCGCGGUCGGCGGCCGCGGCGGCGCACGCGGAGGUCCGCCUGGGCGGGAGCUUCGCGAACAAGGCGCGCGGGGAGCAGGUCGCGGCCGGCUGGCCCGCCUGGCUCUCUGCCGUCGCCGGCGAGGCCAUCAACGGCUGGGCUCCGCGCCGCGCCGACUCCUUCGAGAAGAUCGACAAGAUCGGCCAAGGUACGUACAGCAAUGUGUACAAGGCGCGGGACUUGGUGAGCGGCAAAAUCGUGGCUCUGAAGAAGGUGCGGUUCGACAACCUGGAGCCCGAAAGCGUGCGGUUCAUGGCCCGCGAGAUCCUCAUCCUCCGCCGCCUCGACCACCCCAAUGUCGUCAAGCUCGACGGGCUCGUCACCUCCCGCAUGUCCUGCAGCCUCUACCUUGUCUUCGAUUACAUGGUCCACGACCUUGCCGGCCUUGCUGCCAGCCCCGACAUCAAGUUCACUCUGCCACAGGUCAAGUGCUAUGUGCAUCAGUUAUUGUCAGGGCUGGAGCACUGCCACAACCAGGGAGUGCUGCAUCGCGACAUCAAGGGGUCAAAUCUGCUUUUGGAUAACAAUGGUGUGCUGAAGAUUGCGGAUUUCGGUCUCGCGUCGUUCUUCGACCCCAACCAUAAACAGCCAAUGACGAGUCGGGUGGUGACGCUGUGGUACCGGCCACCGGAGUUGCUGUUGGGUGCGACAGAUUAUGGAGUUGGUGUCGACUUGUGGAGUGCUGGAUGCAUCCUUGCUGAGCUGCUGGCUGGAAAACCAAUUAUGCCAGGACGAACUGAGGUGGAACAGCUGCAUAAAAUUUUUAAGCUAUGUGGCUCCCCGACGGAAGAAUAUUGGAAAAAAUCAAAGUUGCCUCAUGCAACCAUAUUUAAGCCUCAACAGCCAUACAAAAGGCGAAUAGCGGAUACAUUCAAAGAUUUCCCUCAAUCAGCACUUCGACUGAUUGAAACACUCCUUGCAAUUGAUCCAGUUGAUCGUUUAACAGCAACUUCUGCAUUAAAAAGUGAUUUCUUUACAACAGAGCCUUAUGCUUGUGAUCCCUCUAGUCUGCCCCAAUACCCGCCGAGCAAAGAGAUGGAUGCGAAACGAAGAGAUGAAGAAGCUAGACGCUUGAGAGCUGCUGGUGGUAGAGCUAAUGGCGAUGGAACAAGGAAGACAAGGACACGUGAUCGGCCCAGGGCUGUUCCAGCGCCGGAGGCAAAUGCUGAACUUCAAGCAAACAUUGAUAAAAGACGGCUAAUAACACAUGCAAAUGCGAAGAGCAAGAGUGAAAAGUUCCCUCCACCACAUCAGGAUGGCGCGCUUGGAUUUCCCUUGGGUUGUUCGAAUCACAUGGAACCUGCAUUUGAGCCCCCAGAUCCUUCUUCCUUCAGCACUGUAUUUCCUUAUGAGAAAGACGGCAUACCUGCUUGGUCAGGACCAUUGGUUGACUCUGCUGCAGGCAACCAGAAGCGGAAACACAAGUCUGGCCGCUCUUCAAAACAACCAGCAACUGCCCGUGCUAGAUGAUACAUCAUGUCAUGCUUAGUGCAAAAGAAGUCUUCAAUACUGAGAAAUACUAUGCAGCGGUUCCUACAAACUGGGAGAUCUGAUUUGAAAUCAAGGGCUGCAACAAUGAGUUGUUUUUUUUUAUCGGAUCCAUUCAUGUACGAAUUUUUCCGAAAAUUGGUGUAUAGGCUGGAGAGGGAGCAAUUAGUCAAUUCUGUACAUUAUGUUCUCUUUUCCAUUCUUAUAAGCAGCUAUAUGUCAUGUUAGAUUUAUUUGAGUGAGUCAUGGAACUGUUAGAUCUACUUAGGAUGUCACUCGGCAACUCACUCUACUUGCCUACAUAGCUUAUUUUCAAUCAAUUGAAUAUUUUUUA